AAGGGACGGCUCCUGCCCAAUGUGUCAGCUUAUAAAGCACACAGCAGCCGGGAACCUGUCAGUCUGCUACCAUGGGGAGGCUGAUGCUGCUGCUGUGCGCUGCUCUCCUGAGCCUCGUCACCGGGGCGAGAUCUGACCCAAAUUAUGUCCUCAGCACACCUGUACAGCUGGUCAGUGGCAAUGCAGCAAAAGUCUGUAUACACAUUGUGGGGAUAACUGAACCCCUAGCCGUCUCUGUAGUAUUGGAACACGAUGGAAGAAACACCAGCAUCGUUGGAGAAGAUGUUACAGAAUCUAAAUAUUUCCAGUGUGGUGAAUUUAAGGUUCCUUCUGUCUCUAAAGCUGUUCCUGUGACAAUCACCUUUUCAGCAAUUGGGUCAAGUACAGAACUAAGAGAACGUAAAACAGUGGUGAUUAACUCUGCUUCUAACAACUGUAUGUAUCAGAUGGACAAGCCCGAAUACAAGCCUGGCCAGAAAGUAUUAUUUCGUUUGCUCUGUCUUAAUUCCCAACUGAAGCCAGUCAAUGAGAAGGUCACAGCUAUCUACUUGCAGGAUGCUUCAAAUACCAAGAUUUUCCAGUGGCUUCUUCCAGAGUUAAAUCAUGGCGUGAUUUCCUUGGAAUUCCAGCUGACCUCUGGUGCUUCUCUUGGUACCUAUGUAUUAAUAGCUGAAAGAGAAUCUGGGUAUCCUAUAAACAAUUGGUUCACAGUGAAAGAAUAUGUAAUUCCAAGAUUCAAGGUAGAAAUAGAGGCUCCACAAACUAUAGCUGUGACUGCUAAGUCCAUGCACUUCAACGUUUCUGUAAUCUACUCCUUUGGCGAGCCUGUGCCUGGCUCUGUCACUGUUCGGUUUUGUAAGCAGCCGCAGUUCUAUGGGAGACAACAGAAUUGCGUCAACGAUAAAGGUGACUCCUGUGUUGAUACAGUAGGAGAGCUUGGCGCAGAUGGAACCUACAGUGGCGCAUUUGACCUUCACUCAGCCUUUGCAGGGUCUCCAAGUGGACGGUCCUUGACCCUGGAAAUUACAGUGACUGAAGCAGACACUGGUAUUCAAGCCACCGAGACUCGUUACAUUUGGGCUACGAGCCAACCAGCUACAGUCAAUUUUGAUUAUGAAUCCUUGAACCAGUAUUAUAAGAGAGGAAUAGAUUACACUGUUCCGGGACAACUAACAGAUGAGAGUAAUAAACCAAUUCCUAAUCAAGAAAUCGAGGUGCAGAUUAACAAUGAUGAACCUCAGAAGGCAAUAACUGAUGCAGAAGGCCGGUUUGAAUAUGCAAUAGACACCUCUAAUAUGGUUGACGUCAACUUUACUGUCAGGAUAAGUUACACAAACCCUGAUCAGUGCUUUUUUUCUCAUCAAUGGUCGGAAAGAGACUACCCCACUGCCGAACGCACAGUUUACCGUUUCUACUCCUAUUCUGGAAGCUUCAUACAAGCAAAACGACCUAAAGGAGAACUGAGCUGUGGACAGAGCCACAGUAUUGAUAUUGCAUACAUCCUAAGCCCAGAAGGAACUGGUCCUGAAGUGAAUACGGCCACUUUCAAUUAUCUGGUGUUGUCAAGGUCAGCCAUUGUCCAGAGUGGUCAGAAAGAUGUUGAUUUAAGCAGCUCAAGGAAUGGUUCUUUCUCCUUGGAUCUCCCAGUGUCUGCUGACAUGGCCCCACGUGCUGAUUUGGUUAUAUACAGUCUUUUGGGGAACGAAAUGAUUGCUGAUACAGUCAGUCUCAACAUUGAGAAGUGCUUCAGAAAUCGGGUUUCUAUGACUUUCUCAGAAGAAAAGGUAGCUCCAGGUUCCACGGUUGAUAUACAGCUUUCAGCAGACCCAAAUUCAUACUGUGCACUGCGUGUGAUUGAUACCAGCCUCUUGAUUCUGAACCCCUAUGAACAAUUCUCAGCAGACAGUAUCUACAACUCUGUCAUAUUUAAUCCCUAUGGUUACCGUGUGGCUGAUUUUAACGCAGAAGACCCAGCCCCCCCCUGUGAGGACCCAGACAAAUUGGUCUUCUACAAUGGAAGAUACUAUGUACCUGUGAGCAGCACAACAGAAGGUGACACCUAUAAUAGUCUAAAGGCAGUCGGGAUGGUUUUUGGAACAAGUGUCAGGGCAAGAAAACCUGAAGUCUGUGAUAAGAAUCCACCAGCUAAUGUCUUUCCAGCCAGAGGUAUUGGCGCUGGUGUCGAAGCUUUAAAAUUUGCCAGUUCAGAAUCCAGAGCUGACUCUACACCACAGGAAACUGUUCGAACAGACUUUUCUGAAACCUUUUCAUGGGUUAUGUUGACUCUUGAUACUGAAGGCCGGGCCACUCUGUCAGAGACUAUUCCAGACAGCAUCACAAAAUGGCAAGGAACUGCUUUCUGUACCUCUGAAGAAACGGGUUUUGGUAUGACCAGAAAUCCAGCUAAUAUCACAACAUUCCUUACAUUCUCCAUGGAGCUCUCUUUGCCAUAUUCUCUUCUCCGAGAUGAAACCUUGACUGUGACAGGAGUUGUACGCAAUUACAUGGAACAGAGCAUCAAGGUCCAGGCUACUCUGGAGAACUCCAAUGCAUUUACCGCUGUACUGAAGGACGGUCAGCAAGAUGUCUGUGUAGCUGCCAAUGGUAGGACCGCCUAUAUCUGGGAACUACAACCAAACCUUGUUGGUGAGAUCAGUAUUACUGCAUCUGCUCAGACCAGUCAUAUUGGCGCGUGUGAUGGACCAAAUGAUGCUUCACAGUCUCCCCGCAAGGACACAGUUGUGAACACUUUUAUUUCGGAGUCUGAAGGAAUCCGUCAGGAACGGACUUCAAGUAAUCUAGUCUUCGUGGAAAACACAAACAUUCAGCUGCCAAUCAGUAUAACUCCUCCAGAGGAUACAGUGCCAGGCUCCAUCACUGCUUACAUCACUGCCAUUGGUGAUAUCUUUGGACUCUCGGUACAACACCUUGAGAAUCAACUCCUGCAACCCUAUGGUUCUGGUGAACAAAAUAUUGCUCGCAUGGCUGUUAUUCCAGAUGUAAUAGACUAUUUGAAUUCCACUGGACAACUAAAGGAGGAAACAUUCCAAAAGGCAAAGAGUUUAAUGUUAGAAGGAUAUUAUCGUCAACUCUCCUUCACUUCUGGUGGAGCUUAUCGAACAUUUCCAAACUCCAGAGAACAAGUUAACUCUUUCGUGACUGCCGCCACCUUUAGGACAUUUGAAAAAUGCAAACAAUAUAUAUACAUUGAUGAGGACCGACAACAGCAAACCUUGAUCUGGUUGGAAAACUCCCAAAGACUGGAAAAUGGCUGCUUUAAAGCCCAGGGAACUCUAUUCACAAUACCGGAUACGGACACGGACCGUGAUGUCUACUUUACGUCUUUUAUGGCCAUUGCACUUAUGGAAUCUAAAUCUCAAUAUAGUUUGGGGAAAACCCUGUUGAACGGUGCCCUGGAGUGUCUGAAAAACGCAUCUAAGAGCGAGCAGACUAUCUCUACUAAAGCCAUCAUGCUCUACGCCUUGACGUUGGCUGAUCUUCAAGAAUAUAGAGAACCCUUGCUUCAGAGUGUGAUGAGACAGGCCAAAACUGAAGGUGGCACAAUCCACUUUGAACGUGAGAACAUGCCCACCAUGAAAGCAGUUCCAUUUUUCUUCCCGCAAUAUCCCUCACUUGAGAAUGAGAUCACAUCUUAUGUGAUGCUAAGCUAUGCAGCUGGACCCAUUAAUCAAGAAACCCUUACCACAAUGGGACAGAUGUCCAUUUGGCUUGUUCGCCAGCAAAACUCACUUGGUGGUUUCAGAUGCACAAAGGACACUUCUAUAGGCCUCCAAGCUCUGGCUGCAGUUGGUAAACUGCUAUAUACUCCUAGCGCUCAGCAAACUGUGGUGGUCAAAAGGGGCAAUGGUGAAGUGAGCACACUAGAGUUAAAUCAAGACAACAGACUGGUGGCCAAUAGAGUGCCCCUUCCAGAAGCUACAGGAGACUACAGCAUUGAAGUCAGCGGGUCCGGCUGGUGCAUGAUACAGACUACAGUUGGGUAUAACAUCCCAAUACCCAAAGAAAAUGCUGCUUUCUCAUUGUCUCUAUCCACCUCUUCAGAUGGCUGUGUCAAUGGAGUGGCUCGCAGCAUAAUUAUUAAGGGCAGUGUCAGUUAUCACGGACCCCGUAAUGAAUCUAACUUGGCCAUUGUCAGCAUCAGGCCGUAUUCUGGUUACACUGUUGACUUUUCUUCACUUUAUGAGUUAAGGGAACAAAAGGUCAUUCUAAAAUCUGAACAGGGCCCAAAAGGAGAGGUCAUCCUGUAUUUUGAAACUAUCACCGAAGAUCCUAUUGACUUUAGCUUAAGGUUUUUGAUUGGCCAACGGGUUCUGAAUGUGAAGACCAGUUCAGCGGUGGUGUACAGUUAUUACCAACCAGAUGAGAAUGGAGCCGCCUCCUAUAGCCACCCCUGUGUUGGAGCUACAGUAGGGUCUUCAUGAGAAGAUGACUUGCUCCAAAGAAUGAAAUAAAGGAGAACACUUUCUACUUGACUUCUAGCAACACAAGGCCACUUUCUGGAGAAGGAUCAAAUUUGUUUUAUUUUUUCUUUCUCGUGGAGGAUUUCGUAAUAUUUUGAGGACUGAACAAUAGCUUGCAUUCCUUCUGUUUUAUGUCUUAAAUGUUUUGGGAAACAAUCAGUUUAUUGUAGAGCAGUGGUCUUCAACCUGUUGCAAAACUGCAACUCUUAGUAUGUCUUGACAGCCUUUGGCUGUUAAGAUGCUGGGAAUUGUUGUCUUGUCGGGAUGGAACCCAUGGUUGUAGAGUGAUAGAUUCAUACAAAAGCCAUUAAGUCCUGCUCCUCUACAGAUGUCAUCAUUUUAAGGGCAAUAUCCUUUCAAGUUGGAAUUGAAUUGCUGACAUCUUUUAAGACCACUUAUAUCUGUAUCCUGGGCAUGGUGCUUCUCCUUCCAACUCGCAAAUUAUAUAAAUAAAAAGUCAGCAUUAAAGAACCUGAA